UCCCGUUUCCACUCUGUCCAUUUUCCUCUUGUUUAUGAAAGGAACGAAAGUGAUCGUUUAGCUUGGGGAGAUAACCCUAAACACUUUCAAAUUGGUUCGCAAAAGCAUCAUGACUUGCACGAGAAUAUCAAGAAUUUCCAGAUCAUUCGGCCUAAGACUGUACCAAAAUGCAUUCUUUAGAAGAGCGUUCACAGUUUCAACCCCGCGAAGAGCCAAUACUCUAAUGGAAACAAGUGGUUUCUCAGACACACAAUUGGAAGUUCGAGAAGCAAUUUCCAAAAUCUGCUCAAAAUAUCCUGAUGUAAGAUUAAUCCGGCCAGAAAUGCCAUGAGUAUUCUCACUGAUGGUAUCAGGAUUAUUGGGCAAAACAUGAUGAAUCUGGUGAAUACCCACAUGAAUUACAUGCAGAUUUAGCCAAAGGUGGAUGGAUUGGCAUUGCCCUUCCAGAAGAACUUGGAGGAUCCGGUCUUGGUAUCUCGGAGGCUACUAUGAUGUUGCAUACGAUUUCAGAGAGCGGUGCGGGUAUGGCUGGUGCACAAAGCAUACAUGCAAGUCUGUCUAACCCAUAUUUACUAUUGACUUCCACUCGAUCGAAACUCUUCCAUUGCAUUGAUUCUGGCAUCCGGACCUCAAACUUCUCACAUUGAUCCAAUGCAACAAUAAAAUAUCAGUUCUUUCUAGCAAUUCAGUUCUAAUUCAUAUAGAUGUUUACGCCACUCAGCCUGUCGCAAAAUUUGCCACUGCCUCCCAACGUCAAAGUAUGCUACCCAAGCUAAUCGAUGGCACCUGGCGAGCAUGUUUUGGAGUCACCGAACCCAACACUGGUUUGGAGACUCUCAAACUCAAAACUCGAGCUACGCGUGAAGGUGAUACUUACAGGAUAACCGGUCAGAAAAUAUGGAUAUCCUCGGCACAAGUUGCAACGAAGAUGGUACUAUUGGCUAGAACUACCCCGGUUGAAGAAGUGGCAAAGCCUUCGGAAGGCCUAUCUCUUUUCUUCAUUGAUUUUGAUCCUAAACAGCCAGGUCUCGAACUCAAGAAAAUCAAAAAGAUGGGAGGAAGUGCUAUUGAUGCAAACGAGGUGUUCUUCGACAAUUACACCGUUAGUAGUAACUCACUAAUUGGCAAAGAAGGCCAAGGUUUCAAAAUCGUACUCCAUGGCAUGAACGCUGAACGAUGCCUUCUAGCAGGGGAAGCACUAGGUCUUGGAUAUGCCGCUCUCUAUCGAGCCUCCCAGUAUGCAAAGGAAAGAAUCGUUUUUGGUCGACCCAUAGGUAUGAAUCAAGGUAUUCAACACCCACUGGCCGACGCAUACAUGCAUCUUGAAGCUGCAAAGUUAGCAACUUAUCAUGCAGCAAGUUUGUAUGAUAGGUCAAGGACGGAUGAAACAAUAACAGAGACAGCUGUUGGUGUUGCGUGCAAUAGCGCAAAGUAUUUAGCAGGUGAGGCAGCCUUUACUGCCUGUGAAAGAAGCGUGUUAAGCUUGGGAGGCAUGGGCUAUGCUCGAGAAUACCAUGUUGAGAGAUACCUAAGGGAGUGUUUCGUUCCGAGGAUUGCACCAGUUUCGAGAGAAAUGAUCAUGAAUUAUGUUGGAGAGAAGGUUCUUGGCUUACCUAGAAGCUACUGAAAUAUAUAUACUUAACGGAGAUCACAUCACAUCAUUGAAUUAGGGUAUCAUUUGAUAAUGGAGCUGAGAAGUAUUUCAUACGUAGAUGAGCUUUUCGCUAGAUGUAUGAGGAGCGUUAUGAUAUACAAUUUACAUACAGGCAACCAAGGUCCAUUGUGCUGCGAAGCAAUAUACUUCUCUACCUCCUCAUCAAUAUGGCUUCAUGGGCUCAAAACAGCCAGGAAAUCGCCUUCCACACCGCAAACUUUUACACUGCAAAUAAACUAAACAUUCUAAAACCAUGGAUUAAUCACAAAGCGUGUGUCGAAUAUCACGAAUCAAACGUUGAGCGUUGAAAGACUAGCGACAGAAGGAAAACGGCGGGUACAUAGACCCUUGUCAGUUUGAUAACACACGGACUCCUUCACGUAACUUACACUAAACCUUUUGGAAUAGAG